GCAUGAGUCGCCGUAGCUCCGCCCCUGGUUUGUGCACAUGAUGAACUGUCUGGUGAUAUUUGUGUUUUAGUAAAGUAGCUGUUAGUGGUUUGACGUGUGCAAACGAGACUUUGCGAUGAGUUCAUUAAACGGAAAGACAAUUACAGUUGUUGGAAGUGGACUGAUUGGCCGUUCCUGGGCCAUGGUGUUCCUUAGUGGAGGAUACAAGGUCAAGAUCUAUGACAACAAACCAGGACAGGCAUCAAGAGCCAUCACAGAGAUCAGGAAACAGUUUGAGGAACUUCAGCAAGCCAAAAUGCUAAGAGGAAAUCUCACUGCUGCAGAGCAGUUGAGUUUGCUCAGCAGUCAUGAUGACCUGCAGAAAGCCCUCGAGGGAGCUUUCUUCAUCCAGGAGUGUGUAUUUGAGGAUCUGGAGGCCAAGCAAACAGUCUUCCAAGAGUUGGAGAAUCUUGUCACCGAAAGCGUGAUUCUCAGUAGCUCCACUUCCUGCUUGAUGCCAAGCAAUGUGUUCUCUCUGGUCCAGAACCGAACUCGAUGUAUUAUAUCUCAUCCGGUAAACCCGCCCUACUAUGUACGUCUGGUGGAGCUGGUGCCACACCCGGAAACGCUGCCAGCUGUAAUGGAUGUUGCUUAUUCGCUAAUGACUGAUGUUGGGCAGGCACCUGUGAGUCUCAGGAAGGAGAUUGAUGGUUUCGCAUUGAACCGUGUUCAGUAUGCCAUCAUAGCAGAGUCCUGGAGGCUGGUUCAGGAUGGGGUUAUCUCAGUAAAGGACAUUGAUCUGGUGAUGUCCGAAGGCCUGGGCAUGCGCUACGCUUUUAUAGGUCCCAUCGAAACCAUGCAUCUCAAUGCACCAGAAGGUAUAGACGACUAUCUCCGGCGCUACAGUGAGGGCAUGAAGAGAGUUCUUAGUUCUUUUGGGCCUGUUCCAGACUUUUCUGGAGAGGCGGCAGCUACAAUCACAAAAGAGAUCUGCGAGCUGAUCCCUGGUGAGCAGGAGCACCUUGCAGCCAGGAGAGAGAGAAGAGAUCAGCUGUUGAUGGGUCUGGCUAAACUGAAGAAAUGAUGCAAUUUCAUAAAACUACAUGAAAGGAAGAUUCAUAAACAUCUGAGCCAAGUUGUCCUUAGUAUUUUGGAAUACAGACAAGUGGAGGAUCCCCCUUCUGAGCAACAGCAUGUUUCAUUAUAUAUAUAAAAAACUGUAUCAAAAGAUAAUCUCAAAAAAGACUGAAUAUCCAUGCAAUUACCUUCAAAUAAUUAUGAACUUACCAGUAUUUUUAAGACUUAAAUUUGUAACAAAUUUUGUUUAAUUGAAACAUCUGCAGCACUUUUUCGCUCAUAGUAAAUGUAUUGUGAAAUUCAUAAUUAAAGGGAAAAUAAAUGUAAGCAAUCUCCA